CUACGAUGAGAAGUGGAAACCGAAUUUCUAAUUUUUGUAUUUCAACCGAGAAGCGGCUCACGUUCAGUGAACACUCCAAGUUAUAACUUCGUUGCGGCUGCAAGAGGAAAUGUCCGAGGCAAAGGCAGAUACCGUUCCCGGUUUGGGAUUUAAAGAUAAGGAAAAGGCUCUGGAAACGAUAAAAAAUUUAGAAGGGAGGGAUCCGGAUUACCAAAAACUGGCCAUCAAGGGGUUGAUCGGAAGGGCUAAACGCACCCUAACUUUAACCAAAGACAAAGAAAAGCUUCAGAAUAUAAAUGAAGCGAUGGCCGUUUUUGACGAAUGGCUGAACAAUUUUGAGAAAAACGGUUCGUCGAAGGAAAACCGUUCCUAUUUGCCAUUGAACGCCAUCAAGGCUUUGCUACCUCUUAAAAAACAGUACAAAAUAGACGACCCCCAGGUGGAGUCUUUCUACAACGCCUAUAAAGAAGCUAGUGGUGAGUACAAGAACUUGAGAACAGUUUCCAGUGGCGAAAAUGAACCAACUUGGGACAUUGUGAGGAACACUGAGCUGAAAAAAUUAUUGAAAGACAUUGAAGACAACAAACCCAAUUUAUGGAAGGACGAUUUGCCUACUGAAGAACACAUGAAGUUGAUUUUGUGGGGUUACAGCCCUGACGCCAGUAAAAUUAAGAAAAGCAUUUCUAAAUUUGAGGAAAAACUGGGGUCUGGAGAGAAGGAGUCAUCCGAUGAAUCUGACGACGAAGUAAGAGGCAGCAAACGGAAGUCUGACGGAGAAGGAUCGUCUGACGAAAGCCCCAGCAAAAAGAAAAGAAAUGAUUAAAAACUCUGUACACCUACAUUUCACUUAGUAGUUACAAAAGUGUUAUAUUUUUCUAUAUUCUGUUACAGACAGCAUUUAAAAUAUUUAUAUAACGUUUCUUACCUCUUGUUGAACAACUGGAUUUGUAAUAAUAUUGAAUUUACAAUAAACAACUCGAAUUUCAAA